AAUCCAGCUCUUCCUCCAAGUCGGCUGAGGCAGUGUCUCAUCGAUUCUGGGUCAAUGGUUGUUUGCAAUACUCAGACAAAAUUCCAGAUGGAUUUUAUCUUAUCCAUGGGAUGGAUGCAUAUUCAUGGACUAUAAGCACUGAUCUGCAGAAUGUUGGCCUGAUUCCGUCAUUUGAAUCACUGAUGUCAGUUGAACCAUGUGAUGAUUUGUCAGUUAUAGUGGUUGCAAUUGACAAAUCAAGAGAUCCUGGUUUGAGAGAACUGCUAAAUGGCAUAGUUAGUCUUUCUAAUAGCCGGAUUACUAGAAAGGAUUUAAUCGAUCACCUUGCAAAUAUUGUUUGCAGUAGGUUGGGGGGCCAAACCUGGACCGAAGAAAACUUAUCUUCGCGCUGGAAGGAGUGCACUCAAAGUCUAGAAGACAUCCUUCAUUCUGUCAUUCUUCCAAUUGGAAGCUUAACUGUUGGCUUAUGUGUCCCCGAGCAUUGCUCUUUAAGUAUUAGCUGA